AUGGCGCCGGGUAUGGGUAUCAAGGCCCCAGUUCCGAGAACCAGGACAGGCUGUCUAACGUGCCGGAAACGUAAAGUCAAGUGCGAUGAAUCCAAGCCAAUCUGUAGCCGAUGCCAAAGACUUCAGCGGGAAUGCACGUGGAGUGAUGACAUGCAAGUCAUUCCCCACACGCAGCAUCUAGAUUUCACCUCCACCUCAAGAACCAACAACGACUUGUCAGAUCACCCAGCUCUACACCUGACUAGGCCUUCAGGUCAGAGUUUUGUUAUCGAGUUUCCUGAUAUUGAUAGGGCGACUGUUCCCUACAUUCAUCACUUCGCCUCGUUUUGCUCUCGCUUUCUGGCCUAUCCGAAUGAUAGUGAGGGAAACCCUUUUCAGGAGGAAUUAGCGCCCCUUGCUAUUUCGUCGCCGGCUCUGUUGCAUUCCAUGGCCGCUUUGGCUGCAGCUCAUUUGUCGAGGACCCAGAAGCAUCAUGAGAUUAUUGCGACGAAUUACUAUUCCAUGGCGCUGAGGGAGUUGAAUGCUGGGUUGUCAGAUCCGGCUGUUGCACGGUCGGACUCUGCUUUAGGGGCUUGUCUUUUGCUUUGUGUCUAUGAGAUCACCCGUUCCGAGAAUUCCACUUGGCAUGAGCACCUACAAGGAGCAAGAGAUUUAAUCCUCUAUCGAGGCGGCCCAAAGAAGGAUGACUACUUGACACGCUUCUUCUCUCUCCUCGACGUCUCCGGCUCCCUAGUAUCCGGCACCGGCACGCUCAUCCAAGGCACCUACUGGCUCGAGGACGAUGAAAACUUCGGCACCGACAGCCCUAAGAAAGUAAACAAAUGGCCAUACUACGACAACGCCAAUCAGGUAGUCGACGAUUUCCACCACCUCAUGAUAUACAUGGCCAAACUGUCCGCCUUAUCCGCGGAAGCAAUGGGUAAUCAGGACCCAGCUAUCGUCGCUGAAAAGGCCGCCGAGAUUCACGAAGAGCUUUGGGAAUGGUGGAGUCAAAGUGCGCCCUCGUUACGGGAUCAGAGUAAUGAUUGGCGCCGUCUUCCACGACUGCAGAAGUUAUCAGUAGCGGAGACGCUGGAGGAAGAGGCAUACUCGAGUACUAAAUCUGUGUUUGCCGGGUGUAUCAUCUAUCUGAAUCAUAUUCUGGACCCAUGUGGCCACGAGCCGCAGAAAGCAGAGGUCAUCAAAGCCAUCUCUGAGGUAUUGGAGAUUGCAAAGGAGACGCCCGAGGGAUAUGGAUUAGAGAUGGGUCUCUAUUGGGGAUUGUUUAUGGCUGGAGUUGCGGUGUUCAAUGAUCAUGUUGCCGAGGACUUGAUUCGACGAAAAUUGAAGGCCGAUGUUAGCGUUAGUAUAUACCAUGCUGAUCGGGUCCUGGAGUUGCUUGAGGUGCUGUGGAAGAGACAGCAUCAGUACAACACAAAAUACGACUGGCGUCAAGUCCAAAUCCAGAUGGGGAUUCAAGUGUAUGUCAAGUCCCAGAAUUCCAUCAACUUGUAUUUACUAAUUGAAAAAUUUCACAGAUUUAUCUUUGCGUGA